CUUUAAUAUGUAUGUCUUUUAAAGGCUCGAGUAUGGCAGAGAGAUUACAGAGACCGAAGAGUAAUGCAGCCUGAUGCGGCAUAUUAUACAGAGAUGACGCCACCACUGAGUAUGCCUGACAACCCCAUAAAUGCAGUCACCACAAAAUUUGUGCGUACAUCAACUAACAAAAUGAGAUGUCCUAUAUUUUGUGUGGCAUGGACACCUGAAGGUAGAAGACUCGUGACUGGUGCAUCUAGUGGUGAAUUUACUUUAUGGAAUGGAUUAACUUUUAAUUUUGAAACUAUUUUACAAGCUCACGAUUCUCCUGUUCGAUGUAUGGUUUGGAGUCACAAUGAUCUUUGGAUGGUAACUGGUGAUCAUGCGGGAUAUGUAAAAUAUUGGCAAAGCAAUAUGAACAAUGUAAAAAUGUUCCAAGCACAUAAAGAACCCUUACGAGGAAUCAGUUUUUGUCCUGUUGAUACCAAAUUUGUCACUUGCUCUGAUGAUGGCACUAUAAGGAUUUGGGAUUUUUUAAAAUGCGUUGAAGAAAAAAUUCUGAGAGGUCAUGGAGCCGAUGUUAAAUGUUGUGAUUGGCAUCCUCAGAAAUCUCUCAUAGUAUCUGGGAGCAAAGAUUCUCAGCAACCUAUAAAACUUUGGGAUCCCAAAAGUGGACAAUCAUUAGCUACAAUUCAUGCUCACAAAAACACUGUUAUGGAUGCCAAAUGGAACAAGAAUGGGAAUUGGCUAUUAACAGCCUCUCGAGACCACUUGAUCAAACUGUUCGACAUAAGGAAUAUGAGCCAAGAAAUGCAAACAUUUCGAGGACACAAAAAAGAAGCUACUACUUUAGCUUGGCAUCCUAUCCAUGAAGGUUUAUUUACUAGUGGUGGUUCUGAUGGUUGUGUUAUGUUUUGGGUUGUGGGGGCAGAUAAAGAGGUUGGAUGUAUGGAACAAGCUCAUGAUUCAUGUGUCUGGUCACUUGCCUGGCAUCCUUUAGGUCAUAUUUUAUGUUCUGGUUCAAAUGAUCAUUCUAGUAAAUUUUGGACCAGAAAUCGUCCUGGUGAUCGAAUGAGAGAUAAGUAUAAUUUGAACACUCUACCUAAAGGCCAAGAAGAUUGUGCGGAUUACGAUGAUUCUGGAACAAUAUCAUCUAUUCCUGGAAUGGGGCUGGAGCACGGUGUAGCUGAGCUAUUAAAGCCAUCAGAGAGGGGAUAUGAUGAUGAGAUACCAAUAAUUCCUGGACUAGAUUUUGCAUCAGAAGAGCAAGCCAGUGAAAAGAGCACAACUCAGAAGAAAAUUCCAUUUUCUAAACCCAUUCCUAAACAGUUUCAGCAACAAUGGAUGGAAAGUAAACAGCCUCUGUUGCUAGCCCCUCCUCAAGAAGAUCGAAAUAAUGGUGAGAUACAAAUUUCUCCUGAAGCCAAUCCCCAAUCUCAGAUGAUGCAGCCCCCACCACAGAUGAUGCAGCAGUCUCAAAUGUUGCCACCUCCCCCAAUGAUGCAACCCCCUCAAAUGAUGCCUCCUGAACAUUUUCCGCAAAAUCAAAGAGCUCCUCAAUUUGCAGAACCUUCUCAUAGGGUCCCACCACCACGUAAUGUCCUUCUGGGUGAAAGACCUUCAGAGCCAUCACCUUUACCUCCUCCACCUAUUCCAGAAGGGCUGAUGGGAAAUUGUAUGCCCAAACAUAACUUCUCUGAAAAUCAUGAGAAGUUUGCUCACGAUCAUCCAAGAAAUGAUCCACCCCCGCAUGAAAACUGGCGGCCUUAUCCUGACGCUGAUGUCCCUUCUGAAAAUAUGCAUGAAAAUGGAUCCUCAUCUAUUCAUCCUGACAUGCAUCACGGUUUUGAGCGACCACCUAACAGGAGUGAAAGGUUUCCUCCAAUGGAAGAGGACCCUGAAGAUUUGCCACCAAGAGGUGGUCCUCCACAUUACCCUGAGGACAGGAGAUAUCGUGAACCGAGAAACAUGAGGACUGACAAUUAUCCUCGUAAGCGUCCCUGGGGAGAAGAACCUCCCGAAGAACAUUAUCCACCGAGGAGAGACUUUGAUGGUCCUCACGAUUAUCCUUCCCAUUCGUAUCGGCAAGACGCACCUCGAUUUAUGCGAGGUCGUGGGCCGAGGGCUCCCUUCAGAGGCGGACGAACGCCGUUCCGUGUCGUGAACAGAGGUAGAAGCCGUGGUGGAUAUCAGUAAAGGAUGUAAAUUUAUUUUUUAAAAAUGAAUUGACUGUAAUAUAUUCAUUGAGUUGUUUUUAUUAUAUUUCUUUCCUUUCUACUGUGUUAAAUAAAUGAAUUGUGAAAGAA